AUGACUCAGAACACGUACUCAGGAAUACUUCUAUGGAGUUCUCUAGCUCCAUUCACAUUUCCAAGAACAGAGAGAAUGGAAUUCAAGCUGUGCUUUCAGGGCCUUUGGUUGGGGAUCAUGAUUGGAAGUGCUCUUCAAGCUUUUCUGUUUCAAGCCAUUAUACCUUGCGUACGAAUUGGGAGAAGCAAGCUGGGAAGGCAAGGAACAGAGUUUAUGCUUCCAGCAUCCCAACCGACAUGGCAACAUAAAGCUGCUUCGUUUUGCUUAGGCUUAGAACUAGGUACAACCUAG